AUGAAGCAGGCUAUUGUAUUCGCAACAUUUGCCCCUUUGGCUUUCCUGACUGGUGUACAAGCCAAAUCGGCUGAUGGCUGGAUAGCUACAAUCUGGGAUGAUUUCAAGGAGGCUGUGGACUGUGGUAGCUGCCAGGUAAACUUCAGGACUGAGAAAUUAUCAAUCUCGGCUAAUGCUUUCAUCGAAAAUAAGGCUCUCCUUGGUGGCCUCAAGCUAGUUGCUGAUUUUGGAGAACCCUUUUUGGAGGAGGUUCUAACCGGAGUUUGCGAUAUCAGUGGUGCCGAAGACUCUGACGUGUGCUCCGGUAUCAUUGCAAAUGAAAGCCCUGCAGUAUACUACUCUCUCAAGAACCUGAAGUUGGGCUCUCACACAGCCAAAACAUUUUGUGCCAGUCUAGUCGGGCUUUGUGACUUCCCAGCUGUUCGACCAUACAAACUCCCCUUUCCUUCAGCAAAACCACCGAUAAGUCGACCGCCACCAAGCGGAAAGCCCCCGAUCAAAGUGGUCCACUUCAGCGACACCCACGUCGACCUAUCCUACGAGACCGGCUCCAACUUCGACUGCACGAAACCCAUUUGCUGCCGAGCCUACACUGAGCAGGACGCUCCCGGAAAUACUUCAUCACCCUGCGGAUCCUGGGGUAACUCCAAAUGCGAUCCACCGCACCGCCUCCAACAAAGCAUGAUGGACGCCAUCACGUCCCUCAAUCCAUCUUUCUCAAUCUACACAGGCGACGUAGUCGCCCACGACGUGUGGCUAGUCGACAAAAGCGAAGCCCUCUCCGACUUCAACGCAACAUUCAGCACCAUAGAAUCAAAUCUAGGCCUUGUCUACGCCGCCCUGGGAAACCAUGACACCGCGCCCCUGAACCUCUUCCCCUCAACCAACACCCCAAGCACAUACAACCCGCAGUGGGCCUACGACGCCCUUACUACCCACUGGCUAACCCUGACCGACAACAACCAAGCCAUAUCCACUGCAAAGAAAUACGGCUCCUACUCAGCGACUCACAAAAACACCAAACUGCGCAUAAUCUCCUAUAACAGCAUCUUCUACUACAAGUAUAACUUCUUCUCCUACGAAGAACCAAUGCUCUUCGACCCGGACAACCAGCUCGCCUGGCUGAUCUCUGAACUCUCCGCCGCCGAAGCCGCCUCCGAGCGCGUCUGGCUGAUCUCACACAUUCCAAGUGGAAAUGUCGACCAUUUCCGCGACCACUCACACUAUUUCGACCAGAUAGUGCAGCGAUACGAGGCUACCAUCGCGGGAUUAUUCUUCGGGCAUACACAUACGGACGAAUUCCAGAUAUCGUAUUCUGAUUAUGAGCACCGGAGCUGGGAUAAUGCUGUUGCGAUGGGGUACGUUGCACCUUCGAUGACACCUACGUCGGGACCGCCUUCAUUCAGAGUCUAUGAGAUCGAUCCUGUCACCUUUGGUGUGUUGGAUUAUACGCAGUAUAUCGCGAAUAUCACUGGUCUUGAGGGUGAGCCGGAGUGGGUUCCUUAUUACUCUGCGAAGAAGGAUUAUGGGGGCAGGCUUGAUGUGUCGGUAUCUGGGGAGGAGGAACUGACCCCUGCGUUCUGGCAUAAUUUUACCGUGGCGAUGGAGAAAGAUGAGGGGUUGUUUGAGAAGUUUUGGGCGAGGAGGACGCGUGGGUUUGAGGUUCCGGCUUGCAAAGGGGACUGUUUUUGGGAAGAGGGAGAGAGGAAGGAUUUGCUGGGGAAGAGGUUUCAGCCUGAGUGUAAUCAUGCAGGGAUGGCGCCGUUGUUGGCGAAGAUUGCGCAUCGGGCUAGUUUGGCUAGGGAGAUGGAGCUUUGA